CUGCUACAUGAGUAUUUUGAUCAUUGUGAGGUUUUCAAUCUAAAAUGUGUCUUUAAUAAAAUGGCAUAAAAUAAGAAACAGUUGAGACCUUGUAAUAUAAGGAUUAAUUAAGAGAAAGAAAGAUGCAAUGUAAAAUCUGAAUUAUAUGGAGUGCAAACUACCCGAGUUAGUUGUUUUUCUUCAAGACAGCAACCAUCAAGUUUUCAAGGACAUAUGUAUGGAAGGAGAACAAUGUUCUUUGGAAAAUUGUGAGUUGAACCACCAUAAUAUUUAUUACAUGCUCAAGUAUGAACUGGACAAUAGUGCAGAAUUAGAGAACAGAGUUUCUGAAUCGUACGAGGGCAUUGUUAAGCAGUUUGACGACUCUAAAAAUCUGUUGAUGGAAGGUAAAUCGGAUACUGAGAUUGCUGAUGCCAUUUCCUAUAGCCACGAUGUUCCAAAACAGCCGAGUUUGGACAGAGAAUCGGUUGAUCAAAAAGAGAAUCAGGAUCAAGAGCUGAAACUAGUUUCGAUGACGUCUAAGUUUGUCUCCAAAGAAGUAUCUUGUAACAAAAGUAGUAUAUCAGAUUCAAUCUCUAGAGAAGCAUCAGCACAAAAUACAAAGGCUGAAAACAACACCAGCACUGAAAAUGGAACGCCAAGAAGUUUAGCGUCAUUGUUUGCAGAUCAGAACACUGAAAAGUUUCCAGAUCGUGAAGACAUGAAUCUUGUUGUCAUAGCAACGAAGCAAUGUCAUGAUAACAUCUCUAUACGCUCGAGUAGCACCAACAGCACAAAAUCUUUUGCCUUUCCUAUACUAACCUCAGAGUGGCCCGGCAGCCCUGUCAAGAUGGUGGAUAAGAGAGAGUUUAAAAGGAGAAGUUGUCACUGGAAAACGUGCUUUGGUUGCUGCAAAUUUUGA